GGUGAUAUAUAAUUCGCCUUCACUUUGUGGCAGAUCAUCUACUGUGAAGCCAGAGCAGGGUCUGGUGACCUUGGAGGAGGUGUCUGUUCAUUUCACGGAGGAGGAGUGGGCUCUGCUGGGUCCGGACCAAAGAAUCCUUCACAAGGAAGUGAUGGAGGAGAAUCGUCGGAAUGUGGCCUCUCUGGAGGUUGAUGGUCCCCAGAACAAGUCGAAGAGAGAACCACAACAGUUCCUGUUGGAAGAAAAAUGGCAAAGAGGAAACACUGAAACAAAAUGGACGAGGGGAAAGGAAUCCUAUUCUUCCCAGGGUGCUGAGUCCCAGGUAUUUGAUAUGCACUGGGGAAUCCACACAAGGGAGAAACCGUAUAAGUGUUUGGACUGCGGAAAGAGCUUUGCUUCGAGUUUCAGCUUUACUGCCCAUCAAUCUAUCCACACUGGGGAGAAACCAUAUAAGUGUUUGGAGUGUGGAAAGAGUUAUGCUGAGAGUAAAGACCUUACUACCCAUCAAAAAAUCCACACAAGGGAGAAGCCAUAUAAAUGCUUGGACUGUGGAAAGAGCUUUGUUUGCAGUGCCAGCGUUACUGCCCAUCAAUGUAUCCACACAGGGGAGAAACCAUAUACAUGCUUGGAGUGUGGCAAGAGCUUUGCUCGGAGCCACACUCUUACUGCUCAUCGACAAAUCCACACAGGGGAGAAACCAUAUAAAUGCUUGGACUGUGGAAAGAGCUUUUUUCGGAGUGACAACCUUACUACCCAUAGACGAACCCACACAGGGGAGAAACGAUAUGAAUGCUUGGAGUGUGGAAAGAGCUUUGUUCACAGUGCCAGCGUCACUGCCCAUCGACGUACUCACACAGGGGAGAAACCUUAUAAAUGUUUGGACUGUGGAAAGAGCUUUGUUCACAGUGCCAGCGUCACUGCCCAUCGACGUACUCACACGGGGGAGAAACCAUAUAAAUGUUUGGAUUGUGGAAAGAGCUUUGCUCGGAGUGACAGUCUUACUGACCAUCGACGAGUCCACACAGGGGAGAAACCAUAUAAAUGCUUGGACUGUGGGAAAUGCUUUCCACGGAGUGACAGCCUUAUUGACCAUCGACGGACCCACACAGGGGAGAAACCUUAUAAAUGCUUAGAUUGUGGCAAGACCUUUGCUCGGAACAACACUCUUAGUGCUCAUCGACGAGCUCACACAGGGGAGAAACCAUAUAAAUGCUUGGAGUGUGGCAAGAGCUUUGCUCGGAGCCACACUCUUACUGCUCAUCGACAAAUCCACACAGGGGAGAAACCAUAUAAAUGUUUGGACUGUGGAAAGAGCUUUUUUCGGAGUGACAACCUUACUACCCAUAGACGAAUCCACACAGGGGAGAAACGAUAUGAAUGCUUGGAGUGUGGAAAGAGCUUUGUUCACAGUGCCAGCGUCACUGCCCAUCGACGUAUUCACACAGGGGAGAAACCUUAUAAAUGUUUGGACUGUGGAAAGAGCUUUGCUCGGAGUGACAGCCUUACUGACCAUCAACGAGUCCACACGGGGGAGAAACCAUAUAAAUGUUUGGAUUGUGGUAAGAGCUUUGCUCGGAGCAACACACUUAGUGCUCAUCGACGAAUCCACACUGGGGAAAAACCAUAUAAAUGCUUGGACUGUGGAAAGAGCUUUGUUUGGAGCACCCGUCUUACUUCACAUCGACGAAUCCACACAGGGGAGAAACCAUAUAAAUGCUUAGACUGUGGAGAUCAUUUUGCUCAGUGUAAAGACCUUACUAUACAUCAACAAAGUCACAUAAGGGAGAAACCAUAUAAAUGCUCGGAGUGUGGAAAGACGUUUGCUCAGAGUAAGUACCUUACUGUCCAUCAACGAAUCCACACAAUGCAGAAACCAUAUACAUGUUUGGACUGUGGAAAGAAUUUUGCUCGGAGUGACAACCUCAACGCCCAUCGACGAAUCCACACAGGGGAGAAACCAUAUAAAUGCUUGGAUUGUGGUGAGAGCUUUACUCGGAGAGACACGCUUACUGUUCAUCAACGAAUCCAUACAGGAGAGAAACUGUAUAAACUCUAGGAAUGUGACAAGUGAUUUACUUGGAAGGGAGACCUUACUGGCCUUCAACAAAUACACACAGGGAGACACAUAAGUGUGUGGUAUGUGGAAAGAUGUUUGCUUAGAACUGCACCCUUGCUACUCUUUCAUGUAUACACACUGACAAGAAACCAUAUAUAUGUUAGAAAUGUGAAAAACCUUUGUUCAGAAGGAACAUCUUGUGAUACAACAAAAAAAAAGGUGCAGGAGGAGAUCACGCAGGAGGGUUACACUGGAGCAACCUUUCCAGGUGGUGCCACGAAACCGGUGAUAUAUUCUUCGCCAUCGCUUUGUGACAAAGCAGCUUCUGUGAAGCCAGAGCAGGGUCUGGUGACGUUUGAGGAGGUGUCUGUUCAUUUCACAGAGGAGGAGUGGGCUCUGCUGGACCCGGACCAAAGAAUCCUUCACAAGGAAGUCAUGGAGGACAAUCGUCAGGUUGUGGCUUCUCUGGAAAAACUUCUUCUCGAUCCUGAUUCCAUAUCCACCGUGGAAGAAGCAGGAGAUCAGCUUUUCGAAGACCCAGAAGGAAGAAAGAGAUCAACAGAUCCGCCUCCUUUUGUGUCGGAAGAGGAGGUUGAUGGUCCUCAGAAUAAGUCCAAUGGAGAACCACAACAGUUCUUGGUGGAGGAAAAACAGAAGAGAAGAAACACUAAAACAAAACGGAAGAGGGGAGAUGAAUCAUCUUCUUCUCAGGGUGGGGAAUCCCAGGUAUUUGAUACAAACUGGGGAAUCAACACAGGGGGGAAACCAUACAAAUGCUUGGACUGUGGAAACACUUUUGGUCAAAGUGGCGCCCUUACUGCUCAUCGACGACUCCACACAAGGGAGAAACCAUAUAAAUGCUUGGAGUGUGGAAAGAGCUUUGCUUUGAAGGGAGACCUUACUGGCCAUCAACGAAUCCACACAGGGGAGAAACCAUAUAAAUGUUUGGACUGUGGAAAGAGCUUUGCUCGGAGUGUCAACUUUACUACCCAUCGACGUAUACACACUGGGGAGAAACCAUAUAAAUGCCUGGACUGUGGAAAGAGCUUUGCUUUGAAGGGAGACCUUACUGGCCAUCAACGAAUCCACACAGGGGAGAAACCAUAUAAAUGCUUGGACUGUGGAAAGAGCUUUGCUUGGAUUGUCAACUUUACUACCCAUCGACGUAUACACACUGGUGAGAAACCAUAUAAAUGUUUAGAGUGUGGAAAGAGCUUUCGUCGGAGUGACAACCUUGCUGUCCAUCAACGAAUCCAUUCAGGUGAGAAACCAUAUAAAUGCUUGGAGUGUGGAAAGAUUUUUGCUCGGAGUGACAAUCUUACUGCCCAUCAACAAAUCCACACUGGAGAGAAACCAUAUAAAUGCUUGGAGUGUGGAAAGAGCUUUGCUUCGAAGGGAGCCCUUACUGCCCAUGAACGAAUCCACACAGGGGAGAAACCAUUUAAAUGCUUGGAGUGUGGAAUGAGCUUUGUUCGGAGUGCCCAUCUCACUGCCCAUCGGCGAACCCACACAAGGGAGAAACCAUAUAAAUGUCUGGAGUGUGGAAAGAGCUUUGCUCGAAGUGACACACUUAUUACUCAUCGACUAAGCCACACAUGGGAAAAACCAUAUAAAUGCUUGGAGUGUGGAAAAAGCUUUGUUCGGAGUGACAAACUUAGUGCCCAUCAACGAAUCCACACAGGGGAGAAACCAUAUACAUGCUUGGAGUGUGGAAAGAGUUUUACUCAGAGUAAAGAUCUUUCUAUACAUCAACGAAUCCACACUGGGGAGAAACCAUAUAAAUGCUCUGACUGUGGAAAGAGCUUUGCUCAGAAUUCACACCUUACAGCCCAUCGACGAGUACACACUGGGGACAAACUUUAUAAAUGCUUCGAUUGUGGGAAGAGUUUUGCUUGGAAGCGAACCCUUAUUGGCCAUCAACAAAUCCACACUGGUGAGAAACCAUAUCAAUGCUUUGACUGUGGAAAGAGCUUUCAUCGAAGUGACAACCUUACUGUCCAUCAACGAAUCCACUCAGGGGAGAAACCAUAUAAAUGUUUGGAGUGUGGAAAGAGUUUUGCUCGGAGUGACAACCUUACUACCCAUCGACAAAUCCACACAGGCAAGAAACUAUAUAAAUGCUUUGAGUGUGGAAGGAGCUUUGGUCGGAGUGCCCAUCUUACUGCCCAUUGGUAUAUGCACACUGGUGAGAAACCAUAUAAAUGCUUGGAAUGUGGAAAGAGCUUUGCUAGGAGCGACGUGCUUAUUGCUCAUCAACGAAUCCAUACAGGAGAGAAACCAUAUAAAUAUUUGGAGUGUGGAAAGAGCUUUUCUUGGAAGGGAGGCCUUACAGGCCACCAACAAAGCGACACAGGAAAGACAAAUAAAUGCCUGGAAUGUUGAAAGAGCUUUGUUUAGAGCUGCACCCUUGCUACUGAUCAACAUAUGCACACUGGGGAGAAAUUAUAUAAAUGUUUGGAGUGUGGGGAAAACCUUUGUUCAGAAGGAACAUCUUGUGAAAUACCAAAGGAAACACACAAUAGAAACGAUAUAAAUGCCUGGGGUGGAGCCUAGGGAGGGGACAGACCUCCGUGGUGUUUCAUGCCAUGCAGUCCACCAAAUGUAGAGGCUGUUUUCUCCAGGGGAGCUGAUCCCUGUAGCAUGGAGAAAGAGUAUUCCAGAAGCUCUCCAGGCUCCACCAGGAGGAUGGCAACCCCAGGCAGAGCUGCUUAUCACUCUCCCCAGAAUCGCAUUAAAUAUUGUGAGGGGGCAUACUUCUAGUUUCAAAUAAACCCUUCCACCUGUAACUUUCUUUGGAGUUGCCACCGCAAGUAUAUACUUCCAUGGUCAGCUUGCCAUUAUUUGAGUUUUGAGUGCAUUCUUUUCCAAAUUCCAGCCUGCUCUCCCCUCACCUCAGCCCUGUAUUCCUUCUGGGAGCUUCAUUCAUCUCCCUUUUUCUUCCAAUGUUCAGAAUCUCCUUGUAUUUGCUUGACACCUGUGGGCAUAAUCCGAUAUACCCCCUCAGUAGGAAAUCAUUACUUUGUUUAGAGAGCUGAUAUGCCUCUUUUCCCGAAAGCUGCACAGGAAACCUCACAAUUCAAACAGUAAAACCCAAUAAGCAAUUAGAAGAUAAAACAGCUAAAACAAGUCGAGUCCCUUAGAUAGGAGCCUGGGUGGGGGAAUAUGUGUGUGUUUGUUAAAGGUACAAGAAGGCCUAGCGAGAAAGAGAGAGAGGGUGGCACAUGUGUAUUAUUCAGCUGGGACUCUGAUAUCUGUAAAUGCUGUUUUGUUUUUCUUUCCUAGAAG